AGGUCAAAUGAAAUCUAGGUGGCUGCAACUCCAACCAUGGUGCCCAGCUUCCUCUCCCUGAGCCUCUCCCGCUUGGGCCUGUGGGCGUCUGGGCUGAUCUUAGUCUUAGGCUUUCUCAAGUUCAUCUGCCUGCUGCUGCAGAGGCAGAGGUGCCGGCCAAGGCUAUGGAAAAAUUUGUAGGGUCUCCCACCCACUGGCUCUUUGGACAUGCCCUCGAGAUCCAGCAGACAGGGAGCCUGGACAAAGUGGUGUCCUGGGCUCACCAGUUCCCCUAUGCCCACCAACUCUGGUUCGGACAGUUCAUUGGCUUCCUGAACAUCUAUGAGCCCGACUAUGCCAAAGCUGUGUACAGCCGUGGGGACCCUAAGGCCCCCGAUGUGUAUGACUUUUUCAUCCAGUGGAUUGGGAAAGGACUGCUGGUUCUUGAUGGGCCCAAGUGGUUCCAGCACCGUAAGCUGCUCACACCUGGCUUCCACUAUGAUGUGCUGAAACCCUAUGUGGCCUUGUUCGCUGAGUCCACAUGUAACAUGCUGGACAAGUGGGAAGAAAAGUCUCGGAAGGAUAAGUCCUUUGACAUCUUCAGUGAUGUAGGCCACAUGGCACUGGACUCACUCAUGAUAUGUACCUUUGGAAGAGGAGACACCAGCCUGGGCCACGGGGACAGCAGCUACUGCCUUGCAGUCAGCGAUCUUACUCGGCUGAUGCAGCAGCGCCUUGAGACCUUCCAGUAUCAUGGUGACUUCAUCUACUGGCUCACUCCACAUGGCUGCCGCUUCCUGCGGGCCUGCCAGGUGGCCCAUGACCAUACAGAGCAGGUCAUCAGAGAGCGGAAGGCAGCCCUGCAGGAUAAGAAGGUAUGGGAGAAGAUCCAGAAACAGAGGCACCGGGACUUCCUGGAUAUUCUCCUAGAUGCCCAGUUUAUUCAGGAUGAUAACAUGGAGAAGCUUGAGGAAAUUAUUGAAAAAUACCCUCAUGCCUUCCCUUUGUGGAUUGGGCCUUUUCAGGCAUUUUUCUAUAUCUGUGACCCAGACUAUGCAAAGACAUUUCUGAACAGAACAGACCCCAAGUCCCAGUACGUACAGAAAUUCUUAUCUCCGCUUAUUGGAAAAGGACUAGUGUCUCUAGAUGGACCCAAGUGGUUCCAGCAUCGUCGCCUGCUAACUCCUGCGUUCCAUUUUAACAUCCUGAAAGCAUACAUCGAGGUGAUGGCUCAUUCUGUGAAAACGAUGCUGGAUAAGUGGGAGAAGAUUUGCAGCACUCAGGACACAACCAUGGAGGUUUAUAAGCACAUCAACUUGAUGUCUCUGGAUAUAAUCAUGAAAUGCGCUUUCAGCAAAGAGACCAACUGCCAGACAAACAGCACCCGUGAUCCUUAUGAAAAAGCCAUAUUUGAAGUCAGCAGAAUCGUAUUUCACCGCUUGUACAGUUUCUUGCAUCACAGUGACAUAAUUUUCAAACUCAGCCCUCAGGGCCACCGCUUCCAGAAGUUAAACCAAGUGCUGUAUCAGUACACAGAUAUGAUAAUCCAGGAUAGAAAGAAAUCCCUCCAGACUGGGGGAAAGCAGGAUAACACUCAGAAGAGGAAGUACCAGGAUUUUCUGGAUAUUGUCCUUUCUGCCAAGGAUGAAAAUGGUGGCAGCUUCUCAGAUGCUGAUGUACACUCUGAAGUCAGCACGUUCUUGUUGGCAGGACAUGACCCUGUGGCAGCAAGCAUCUCCUGGGUCCUUUACUGUCUGGCUCAGAACCCUGAGCAUCAAGAGAGAUGCCGGGAGGAGGUCAGGGGCAUCCUGGGGGAUGGGUCUUCUAUUACCUGGGACCAGCUGGGUGAAAUGUCAUACACCACAAUGUGCAUCAAGGAGACAUUCCGAUUGAUUCCUGCAGUCCCAUCCAUUUCCAGAGAUCUCAGCAAGCCACUUACCUUCCCAGAUGGAUGCACAUUACCUGCAGGGAUCACUGUGGUUCUUAGUAUUUGGGGUCUUCACCACAACCCUGCUGUCUGGAAAAACCCAAAGGUCUUUGACCCUUUGAGGUUCUCUAAGGAGAAUUCUGAUCAGAGACACCCCUAUGCCUACUUACCAUUCUCAGCUGGAUCAAGGAACUGCAUUGGGCAACAGUUCGCCAUGAUUGAGUUAAAGGUGACCAUUGCUUUGAUUCUGCUUCACUUCAGAAUGACUCCAGACCCCACCAGGCCUCUUACUUUCUCCAACCAUUUUAUCCUCAAACCCAAGAAUGGGAUGUAUUUGCACCUGAAGAAACUCCCUGAAUGUUAGAUCUCAGGGUACAAUGAUUAAAUAUAAUUUGCUUUUAAGUUAAAUUUAUAGCUAAUGGUUCAAGCAGCUAGAAAAGAAUCAAUGUAUAGUGGAAGGAUUGGAGGUUGGUGGGAUAGGGGUAUCUGUGAAGCUAUACAUGAUGCAAAAUCAUUUCUAGGUACACAGUGUAUCAGGUAGAUCUGUUUCUACAUGACUUUGGGAGAUUUUCAGAUCUUUUCUGUUAGACUUUCACUACUAUUAAUGCUAUAUACCAAUAGAAUUUCAUCUAUUUUCUGUUGCUUUUAGAAAUAGUUUUCAGAAUUAUGCAAGUAAUAAGUGCAUGUAUUCGCAUUGUCAAAAAUUCCCAACUAGAAAAGCAAGUAGAAUAAAAAUUUUAAUCUCACUUCACAUUCCAUAGCCUACAUUCCAUGCCCUGAUCAAUCCCACUGCUUUUCCUAAAAGCAGAAUCGUUUGGUGUGCAUUCUUUCAGACUUUUUCCUGUAGACAUGUAGCAAUGUAUUCUUAUAGAUGUGAUCAUACCUAUGUUAUUAUUGACUUUUUUUCACUUAAUAAAAAUUUACCUUAUUUCUUA